AGGAGGGGGCAGAAGGAGGGAGAUGCUGCUGCCUGUCUGCCUGCUCGCUGAGAGCAAGGAAGACCAACGCAGCGAGGCACAAGUCAAGCUGCUAGCUGGCAAGGCAGCAUGGCGGGGCUACAGGACUUCCACCAAGGCAGCCAGUGUCACGGGAAAACGUGGAUCGGCGUACUAUUAGGAGUAAUACAAUUGUUGAUUCCCUUUGUACAACGCGGGGAAGCUCAGCUGCAAGCUUUGAGUCAGAUCUCCACCAGCGUGGUCGAAGUCUGGCAACCAGAGGAGGCAGAUCCCUUCGUCCCGCUUCAGGGGGAGAAAGAACGAAGGAGAGAUGGAGUCCCUCUAGAAGAAAGCAGUUCUCCAUAUACACAGGAGAGGGGCAAACCAUUGCAUUUUCAGCCCCCACUUUUGGAGUUUGGGACACAGCCUGUGGGGCUGCCAAGAGCUGAAACCAUAUAUAUACACAAUCCUAGUCAGGAGGUCUCUGUGACUCUUCUGUCAAUGUUUACAUCCAGCAAGCAUUUUUACAUACCUUCCUUUCACAAAAGUGUGAUUCCACCAAGAGGGAAGGCAUCUUUUAAAUUAAUUUUCCUCCCAUCAAACGAGGGCAAUAUAGAAAACAUGUUAUUUAUAAACACUUCAGCUCAAGGGCUGCUGUCAUAUCAGGUAUUUGGUGUGGGAGGUCACCGAGGUUCAUUAAAAUCUUUCCAAAGAAAGGAUAAUCUUGUGAUAUUCCCUCACAUCCAAAGCAUUAAGCUGACCCAAACGCAGGAAGAUGCGUCCAACAUCACUAUUCUGGGUCUUCUCCUGGAGUGCAGCUUACCCAAGAGUUUGCAGAACAAUCCUCAGGGGUCGUGCCUCCACAAGGAGGAGCGCCUCAGUAUGCAGAUUAAUCUGUCGGCUCGGGGCGACCGGCCCGCUGACCUGGACAAGCUUAAGCCCUACGUCAUUGAGCACAUUUUGUUCAUGUUUGUCGCUCCUUCUGCAUUAGAAGGGAACGCUAAAGUAGGAGUUUAUAUGUUAAAUUCUGGUGGAAAAAAGCUCUAUAUAAAGGACAUGCAGGUCCUGUCAAAAGUAGAGAUCAACCUGGACAUCAAUCAAGUUCUUCUCAUACCAGAGGCAAAAAACUUCACAGAAGUAGCUGCUUUCUCAUGUAAAGGUUCUUUGUCAGGCCAUGGACAGAAAUGCAUAAAUCAUAUCAGUUUAAAAAUAAUGGUAAAUCGGACAACCUACAACUUCCCUGGAGUACAUAUUACACACAGAUGGAGGGUGGCGGACCUGUUCAGUCUUUUUCAGGUCAAACAGAAAAAUGCUAACGAGGUGGACGUAUGGUUCACCAAUCCUCUCCAUGUGCCGCUCACUGUGUUGAAUGCCAGCCUUUCAGAGAAGCUGCAGGGCUUAGUGAAGGUGAUGAACUUCAGCAGGCCUCUGAGAGUUCCCUCUGGCUGCUGGCAUAUUCUAUCCCUCCAGCUGCUAAACACAGCCGUGCCCAUCAACCAGAUGUUGACCCUGAGUCUGGAUACUACCCUGGGCACCACGCUGCAUAUUCCUCUCUACUUCCAUACUACUUCUUCCAAGGGGGAAGUGGUGUUUGAGGCUGAAGGAGAGUGCGGACACCAUUGUCCUCUCAGAUUAUCUGAAAAAGGUCACUCGGAGUGGCAGCGCUCUCUUCUCCCAGACUUUUCCUCCUCAUCCUGGGCGGUGGACAGCAAGCUGGCCUCUGAGCUGUGCUCCCAGUGGCAGAGUUGUGAAAACAAACCCUCGUGCAGGUGGCCUAGACUCACAGUUGAACCAUCCUCUACUCUAGACUUUGGAGCCACAGCGGUCAAUGAAAGCAAAGUAAAGGGAUUAACUCUGAAGAAUCCCUCGUCGUCUGUUGUGUCUGUGGAGAUUCGAAUCCUCUCCCUCUACCCUUCUCCUUUAGAAGCUUUGGACCUACUAAACAAAUGGUUUGAAAUAAAUCCCCUCAACGUCAACAUCAGUACAUCAGAAUUUUUACUGCUGGCGCCUCCCCCUAAGACGAUUGAGAACGAAGGAGCAUUAGACAUUAGACCAGAGGGAGUUCUUCGUCUGUUGCUGCAGCCGUGGGAGGUCAGGGAAGUGUCAGUGGUCUUCACCCCCUCAGAACACAAACCCACCACCACUAUUCUUGUUAUCAGGAACAACCUGACUGUCUUUGACAUGGUGACAGUGAAAGGUCACGGAGCCAAAGAGCUGCUGAGAGUUGGAGGCAAGCUGCCCGGCCCAGCGGCCUCCUUACGCUUCAAUGUUCCUCAGUCAACUCUGAUGGAUUGUCGAGAUGGUCUGCGCAGCAGCAGCAAGCCCCUUUUUGCCAUCAGAAAGAGUUUCAAGGUGGAGAACGCAGGACAGCUUCCUCUGACCGUCAUUUCCAUGAACAUUAAUGGUUACAAGUGUCAGGGGUUUGGCUUCGAGGUGCUGCAGUGUCCUUCCUUCAGCCUUGAGCAGAACACCUCCUCUGAGAUCACUAUAGCGUUUACUCCAGACUUCACCUCCUCCUGGGUCAUUCGGGACCUUACCCUUGUGACCUCCCGCGGCACCACCUUUCCUUUCACCCUCAAUGUGACGCUCCCCCACCACAUGCUGCCGCUCUGUGCCCAGGUGGUGCCUGGCCCCAGCUGGGAGGAAACCUUCUGGGUGGUCACCCUCAUAUUCACGUGCUUCUCCUUGUUUGGUGUGUGUCUGAUGGCUUUUUAUCAGGCACAGUAUAUCCUCACGGAGUUCUCAACACCUAGCUUAAGGAGCAACCACACCUCUGCCCUGUCCCGGGACAACGGCUCCGUCAACAAUGUUACACCCAACGGAGUAAAUAAAACAAAGGGAAGUUGCAAGACUUAUGUGGACACUUGUCACACAUCUGACAAGGGGAAGGGGCGUGGCUCGCCAGUGUUAGCCAACACCCCUGCCCUUCGCCCACAAUCCUCCAAGAAGAGCUCCUCUGUCUCUCCAUCCCAGCAGCCAAAGAAACACAAAGUCUCCCUCUAUUACUCCAAGUACAAGUCCAGCACCUCCACCGCUGCAGCCGCCUCAGUGGAUGAAGAGCAUGAAGAGCUGACUCCUGAAAGUCCUCUCACUCCAGACCCCUGCAACAAUAACCCUGCUUUCAUUGAUGAGCUGGACAAUAAGGCAGACGAUCUCCAGAGCUCUAUGGAGGAAAUGGUGUCAGCAGCCGGUAUGUUUCCCAUGGAAAUCCCUGCUGAGUUCCCCACAGACGCCUCUCUGGAUCCAGGAUCCAGACCCGUUCUGCUGUUUUACAGUCCUUUGGACAGGAGCUGCACAGAGCACUAUGCACAAAAAAUGGAUUCUGAAAAAAGGGACAAUUCUGAGCCAGAGGUAAUAGAAGAAAGCAAAGGCCAGAAAAAGAAGGGACAAGGUACAGAGAUGUUCCCGACAACAGGAAAUAAAUCAAAGAAGAGUCGCAGAAAAACCGAAAAUGCUUCCAGCGCCCCUGAGCUCAAUGGGCUGCUAACAUCAGAGAGAGACAAAGAGACAGAGUGGAAAACAGGCGACCACGGUGUCUGUGGAACCCGCAGCAGGAACCGGUGCAGCUUCAAAGCAGACGACCUGAAACCAGGACUGAAUUCAGAGAACUUCCACAAACAGAAUGGUGUGUGUCCUGCUCGCACUCACAGAAAGUGCCAAGCUCAGCGGCGUGCCGACGGCGUCUGCGAGUCGGGUUCGGACUCGGGCAGCUCCACAGGCAGUUCCAGGACCAGCAGAGGGAGCUGGGGCAGCUGGAGCAGCGCCAGCAGCAUAGAAGGAGACAAGGAGCACAGUGCACGAGGACAAACCUGCUCUACCUCAUCCAGAAAACGAGACUCUAUGCAGUACAAUAGCUACUCUCAAGAAAGAGACUACCAGACGGUGAACGCAAACUACAAGACUUUAAGCAUGAACAGCCUAUACCAUAACGACGCGUGCCAAAGCCCAGAGACUCCAGCUCCCAGCUUCAUGCCAAGUUUUGCUGCUGUUGCUGCUGGAAUGGACAAAAACAUGGAACAAAGCGGUCAGUACCCACCUGGAGAGCCUUUUUCAGCGUUAUCCAUCCCUCUAACCAACGAGUUCAGAUACAACACCACUGAAGCUCUGCCUUACAUCGCUCAGCCUGCAGCCUCUGGGUCCUAUAAUGGGUUUACAUGGAGCAGUGCAAACAGGAAUGGCAACAAUCCCCCCAACUACACAGACAACGGAGGCUUUUCCGGUUGUUUUCCUCACCAAGAGAGCCGCGACAUUCGAGGUAAUCAGCCCAGCUGGAAUGAGGAGCAACCUCGGAAACCGCCCACAACCUGGAACUCUGCGGCCUGUGUGGGCAGCAAGCCGUUCUUCCCAGCGACCCGCAGCCUGUCACCCAUGUCAAGCCUGUUCGGGUCCAUCUGGACCCCUCAGAGCGAGCCGUACCAACGCCACUUCCAGCCCGAUCGACCAGGACCAAUGUCCCCUGUGUUCCCAGCCACACCCAUCACACCACCGCACUCUCCCUUCAGCCGGGGGCCCGGGGCUCCUUAUGGUCCAAUCCAGUACCCCGGCUUCAACCCGUUCGGCCCCCACAUGAACCUGGACAUCUGGAACUCUUCCUCCAACCGCAGCUCCAACUCGCAGCUCUCCAAUGACUCCGGCUACUGCGGAGAUGUUUAGGAAAGAGAACUAAGAACGCAUACCUUAACAGUAACUGCAAACACGUGAAUCCUUGACAAAGAAAGGAAAUAAAAAUGAAUGUUCUUUUAUCAGUGAUGGGGAAAAUGUGAAAAUUUCUUUUAUGUUCCAAUUUUCAAACGUUAAAUGUUGUGAGAGGUCAAACAUUUGUUGUAUAUUUUUCUAGAUGUUUUGCAGUUUUGAUCAUGGAAAAUAAAGAAAAAGGACCUGGUUUGCUUCUAAA